UCGUUUGUUUAGGCAGUAGGGAGUUUCUGUAAGGGUCUGGAUUGGAGUUACACAGACCGGACCCUACGUGUAUGAUUCAGGACAAAAACAGGAUUCCCCUUGCCUCAAAGAGUCUACAUGUCUAAUAUUUAGACAUGUUCAGCUUUGUGGAUAUCCGGUUAGGGCUGCUGCUCGCCGCAGCGGUCCUUGUGGUGAGAGGACAGGGAGAGGAUGAUAUGUCAUUCGGUAGCUGUACGUUGGAGGGUCAGCUUUACAACGACAAAGAUGUAUGGAAACCUGAGCCUUGCCAAAUCUGCGUCUGCGACAGCGGAACCGUUAUGUGCGACGAGGUGAUCUGCGAGGAUACAUCAGACUGUGCCGAUCCAGAAAUCCCCGAAGGAGAAUGCUGCCCCAUUUGCCCCGAUGAGGAUCCAGAGCCUCCACCUGUGCCUCCAAGCCCUAAGCCUAAUGGUAGACCUGGUCCAAAAGGUGACCCAGGUCCCGAAGGGCCUCCUGGCAGGGAUGGCAUUCCCGGAGAAAAUGGACUCCCUGGACCUCCAGGUCCUCCUGGAACUGCUGGCCUCGGUGGCGGAUCCUUCCUUUCCCAAAUGGCUUACGGCAGUGAUAAAUCCAGUGGACCAGCCCAACCCGGACCACCUGGCCCAAUGGGUGCCCGUGGCCCCCCUGGAGUUGCAGGUUCCCCCGGCCCUCAGGGAUUCCCUGGACCCCCAGGCGAGCCCGGUGAGCCUGGUUCUCCUGGUCCAAUGGGUUCUCGCGGCCCUGCUGGUCCUCCUGGCAAGAAUGGAGAUGAUGGUGAGCCUGGCAAAGCUGGUCGUCCUGGUGAGCGUGGAGCUGCUGGCCCUCAGGGUGCUCGUGGCUUUCCUGGAACUCCUGGACUUCCUGGCAUCAAGGGACACAGAGGUUUCUCUGGUCUAGAUGGAGCUAAGGGAGACAGUGGCAUUGCUGGACCUAAGGGAGAGGCUGGUAUCCCCGGUGAGAGUGGUGCUCCUGGACUCAUGGGUCCUCGUGGUCUGCCCGGUGAGAGAGGUCGCCCUGGUCCCUCUGGCCCUUCAGGUGCACGUGGUAAUGAUGGCAACAGUGGCCCUGCUGGACCUCCCGGAUCCACUGGCCCUGCUGGACCUCCUGGAUUCCCUGGUGGUGCUGGUGCUAAGGGAGAAACUGGCCCUGCUGGAGGCCGUGGUUCAGAUGGACCUCAGGGAGCCCGCGGUGAGCCUGGUAACCCUGGACCUGCUGGUGCUGCUGGCCCUGCUGGCGCCCCUGGAUCUGAUGGUGCUCCCGGUGGCAAAGGUCCUACUGGUCCUGCUGGCAUUGCUGGAGCUCCUGGUUUCCCAGGUUCCCGUGGACCUGCUGGACCUUCUGGCCCCAACGGUGGUCCUGGACCAAAGGGUAACAAUGGUGAUCCUGGCCCUCAAGGCCCUAAGGGAGAACCCGGUACUAAGGGAGAACCUGGCCCAGCUGGAGUUCAGGGUCUUGCCGGGCCUAGUGGUGAAGAGGGAAAGAGAGGACCUCGUGGUGAGCCCGGUGGUGUCGGACCUGUUGGACCCGCUGGUGGCCGUGGUGCCCCUGGCAACCGCGGUCUUCCUGGUCCUGAUGGAGCACCUGGACCAAUGGGCGCCGUGGGUGACCGUGGUGCUAAUGGACCAAUGGGAGCUCAAGGAUCUACCGGAGAGGCUGGUCGCCCUGGAGAGCCAGGAUUGCCCGGAUCAAAGGGUAUGGCUGGUACCCCUGGAAGCCCUGGACCUGACGGCAAAGCUGGACCAGCUGGUUCCCCUGGACAAGAUGGCCGCCCAGGACCAGCAGGACCUGCUGGAUCUCGUGGUGCACCUGGCAUAAUGGGAUUCCCUGGUCCCAAGGGUACUGAUGGUGAAUCUGGUAAACCUGGCGAGAGAGGCGUUGCCGGACCUCCUGGUCCCCAGGGUGCUCCUGGCAAGGAUGGUGAUGUUGGUGCUCCUGGACCUUCUGGACCUGCUGGACCUGCUGGAGAUAAGGGAGAAAUGGGACCUGCUGGCGGUCCUGGAUUCCAGGGACUACCAGGUGCACAGGGUGCCACUGGUGAGAGCGGCAAACCUGGUGAACAGGGUGCUCCUGGUGAGGUUGGUCCUUCUGGUCCUUCAGGCCCAAGAGGUGAGAGAGGUUUCCCUGGUGAGCGUGGAGGCAAUGGCGCUGCUGGUCCUCCCGGUCCUCGUGGAGCCCCUGGUUCUCCUGGUAAUGAUGGUGCUAAGGGAGAGCCUGGUGCUGCUGGAGCUCCUGGUGGUGUUGGUCCUUCUGGAAUGCAGGGAAUGCCCGGAGAGAGAGGUGCUGGUGGCAUGCCUGGAGGCAGAGGUGAAAGAGGUGAUGGUGGACCCAAAGGACCUGAUGGUGCCCCUGGUAAGGAUGGCUUGCGUGGUAUGACUGGCCCUAUUGGACCUCCUGGCCCCAGCGGUGGUCCUGGUGAGAAGGGAGAGCCUGGUGCUGUUGGCCCUCCUGGAUUGACUGGAUCUCGUGGUUCCCCUGGUGAGCGUGGUGAGGUUGGUUCCCCUGGACCUGCUGGUUUCGCUGGACCCCCUGGUGGUAACGGUCAACCUGGUGCUAAAGGAGAGACUGGUGACAGUGGACCUAAGGGUGACGCUGGAACCCCUGGACCUCCCGGACCCACCGGAGCUGCUGGCCCACAGGGACCUGCUGGUGCUACCGGAGCUAAGGGUACUCGUGGUGGUCCUGGAAGUCCUGGUGCUGCUGGUUUCCCUGGUGCUGCUGGAAGAGUUGGACCUCCAGGCCCCCCUGGUGCUUCUGGACCCCCUGGCCCAACUGGUGCUGCUGGUAAAGAAGGACCAAGAGGAAAUCGUGGUGAGAGAGGACCUGCUGGUCGCCCUGGUGAGGCUGGUGCUGCUGGUGCCCCAGGACCUUCUGGAGAGAGGGGUAGCAGUGGUCCUGAUGGCCCUGCUGGUCCCGCUGGAGCUCCUGGACCACCUGGUGUUAUUGGAGGCCGUGGUAUCGUUGGUCUUCCUGGACAGAGGGGUGAGAGAGGUUUCAGCGGUCUCCCAGGACCAUCUGGAGAGCCAGGAAAGCAAGGACCUACCGGACCUGUUGGUGAACGUGGACCACCUGGACCUAUGGGUCCACCUGGACUGAGUGGAGCUACUGGUGAGGCUGGACGUGAGGGUAACCCUGGACAUGAUGGUGCUCCUGGUCGUGACGGUUCACCUGGACCCAAGGGAGAUCGUGGUGAGAAUGGUAAUGCUGGUCCUCCUGGUCAACCUGGUAUGGCUGGUCCCCCUGGCCCCAUGGGUCCAUCUGGCAAACCUGGUGAUCGUGGAGAGUCUGGUCCUGCCGGUCCUGCUGGUCCCGCUGGUCCUGCUGGUGUCCGUGGUGCUCUGGGUCCCGCUGGUGCACGUGGAGACAAGGGUGAGGCUGGAGAGGCUGGAGAGAGAGGCAUGAAGGGACACCGUGGUUUCUCUGGAAUGGCUGGAGUUCCUGGACCCCCUGGAUCUCAUGGUGACCAAGGUCCCGCUGGACCAUCUGGCCCCGCUGGACCUCGUGGUCCUUCUGGUUCUAAUGGUGCUCCUGGUAAGGACGGCAUGAAUGGUUUGCCUGGACCUAUUGGACCCCCUGGACCCCGUGGUCGCAGUGGAGAAAUGGGACCAUCUGGUAUUCCUGGUCCUCCUGGACCUCCAGGACCCCCUGGACCUUCUGGCAUUGGUGAGCCUUUCCUGCCCAUGCCCCAGCCUGAGAAGGCCCACGAUCCUCUUCGUGGAGGCGGCUACAGAGCUGACGAUGCUAACGUUCGCGAUUCUGAGGUGGACACCACCCUUAAAUCUCUGAGCCAGAAGAUUGAGAACAUCCGUAGCCCCGAAGGAACACAGGCCAAUCCUGCCCGCAUGUGCCGUGACCUCAGGAUGUGCAAUUCUGAUGGAAAGAGCGGUUUCUACUGGGUGGAUCCCAACCAGGGCUCUCCUUUGGAUGCCAUCAAGGUCUUCUGCAACAUGGAGACUGGAGAGACCUGCGUCCACCCAUCUCAGGCCUCCAUUCCCAUGAAGAACUGGUACACUAGCAAGAACAUCAAAGAGAAGAAGCAUGUGUGGUUCGGAGAGUCCAUGCCCAAUGGCUUCCAGUUCCAGUAUGGCAGUGAGGGCUCAGACCCAGAGGAUGUUAACAUUCAGCUGACCUUCAUGCGCUUGAUGUCCAACGAGGCAUCUCAGAACAUCACCUACCACUGCAAGAACAGCAUCGCCUAUAUGGACGAGACCACAGGCAACCUGAAGAAGGCUCUGCUCCUGCAGGGCUCCAACGAUAUCGAGAUCAGAGCGGAGGGCAACAGCCGCUUUACAUACAGAGUCAGCGAGGAUGGUUGCACGUCACACACUGGCACAUGGGGCAAGACAGUCAUUGACUAUAAGACAACAAAAACAUCUCGUCUGCCGAUCAUUGAUAUCGCUCCUAUGGACAUUGGUGCUCCCGAUCAGGAAUUCGGUGUAGAAGUUGGCCCAGUUUGCUUCUUGUAAAAAGAAAUAUCUGGACAUGACUUUGCUGUUUUUUUCUAGCAGUCAUCUUCAAAUCUUUUCCUGUUCAUAAAAACAAACAAACAAACUCUUAUUCGGCUGCGAUCGGUCCAUGUGCUUAAACCUGAAUUCCCAAGGACGGUGCUUGUUGUGAAUUACGUUCCUUAUGUUAUGUUUUAAACAAAAUCGAGGACCACUACAUCAACCAGCAUCAACAUCAAGGACACUUAGCGAGCGUCCAUUGCGUCAGCUGACAACAAGAAAGUAAUAUAUACUUGUAAAAUGCCCCGCCCCCUGGAGUUUAAAGAAAACCAUCACCCAAUCCAAAAAAUACCAGUGACUUUUUUGCCAUUCUCUUUUGACCACUGCGAAAGGACAAUGAAAAUGCUAAUGUACCAUUCUCUGGAGUUGAAUAAAUAUGACAAACAACAGCCAAGUGUCUUGUUCCUUCUAACCAAAAGUGAGAAAAACAUCGUGCAGGGAACAAAAUUUAGGUAAAAUGGUACAGUGUCAUCUUGAUAUAAUGGCUACCUCAGGACAAAAAAGCUCAUGUAAAAAAGUUUUGGGGGGUGUGAGGGCAGUUUCUUUACUCUAGCAAGAAUCGCUUGUUAGAAGUAAACGUGAAAAACAAGUAACAGGUAUGAAAAGGUGCUACUUUCUCUAUAUAGGUCCUGUCUAUGGUAUGUAUUAGAAAGAAAACAAGCUCAUUCGUUUUUUUUACUGUCAGUUGCAGGGCCUUUUUGGUGCUAAAUGUCAACAGAAUGUCUUGCUGUCAAUGUGAUGCAACUGCUCUUAUCAAAGUGUCAGAAGAGAGAAAAACGCUGGAUUGGUAACUGUAAAUUUGCACAUAAUUUGAUAAAGGGUUGAGUGAAUGGACUGAUUGCCAGUUCCUCCACUUUCCGAGACCCCUGCUUUCAGUUUUAUUUUUCUGUACAUGCCGCUGCCCCCCUCAUUUCUAGAUUUUAUUUCUUCUUUCCAAAUGCAAUGCACACCUUUUAAUUUUAUUUUGGGUUUUUUGUUUGAUUUGUUUUUAGUGAAAGGUUUUUCAAAAAAUUAAAAAAAACAAUUUUUACGAGGCGGCAAAAAGAAAACCACAGAUGAAAUAGACCCUCAAAUGGUUCCAGCAAAGGAUCUGUACUUAUUUUGUACAUGUAUAGUAUUUCGAGAUGUUUUUAAUUAUUUUGGAUGUUGAAAUAAAGCAUGUUUAUGUGGUCAACUGGA